AUGCGGCAUUUAUUAGUUGCAGUUUGUCUCCUCCUGGGUUUUGCCAACUCUCGCAGCUUGUCAUCUUCCUGCAUCUGGUCACAGGAUAUAAUCAACCACAUUAACAAAUUAAAUACUACAUGGAAGGCUGGACAAAACUUUUACAAUGCGGAUCAGAGUUAUUUGAAGUGUCUGUGUGGUACAAUUCUGCAUGGUCCAAAAUUGCCUUUAAAGACUUCCUAUUCUGGAAAAGUGAAGCUUCCUGAUAACUUUCAUUCACAAACUCAGUGGCCCAAUUGUUCAACAAUCCAAGAGAUCCAGGAUCAUGGAUAUUGUGGCUCAUGUUGGGCAUUUAGUGCUGUAGAGUCCAUAUCUGACCGUGUCUGCAUCCACUCUGGGGGAAAGAAAAAUGUGGAGGCAUCUGUUGAUCUGCUUUCAUGCUGCGGCUUUGAGUGUGGAAUGGGAUGCAAUGGUGGCAAUCCAUCGGGUGCGUGGCAGUACUGGACUGUAAGUGGCUUGGUGUCUGGGAGGCUGUAUGGUUCUGGCAUAGGUUGCAGGCCAUAUACUAUUCCUCCCUGUGAACAUCACGUGAAUGGUUCAUGGCCACCAUGUUCUGGAGAAGGAGGUGACACACCACCCUGUGUGAAAAUGUGUGAUGCUGGUUAUACUCCUUCAUAUGAAAAGGACAAGAUUUACAGUGAAUCUGCCUAUAGUGUCCCUUCCUCUCCUUAA